GCGUGCGGUGCUGCGUGUAGGUAAUCACACCACCGUCUCGCGGUACAUUUCACCUCAGGUUGAAGAACAAGGAGUUAGGUACGCUAGCUACUUAAUGGGUUUGUCUAUGACAAAAGGAUAUCAGAUUAACAUUAGCUACCUAUAAACCGCAGACUUAAUUUCACAAUAAAUACAUAAUUUUGAAAUAAUUGACAGUACUGUACAUUUUGGCCGCUAGUUAGUUAUCUAACGACAACCAACGACUUUCACGAUGGCAGCUGGAAAGAUGUGUAGCAGGCCAAAAAAACAGGAAACAGCAGAGUGGACCAGCUUAUUUCAAAACGAACUGAAAACUGAAGAAAAGUCCCUGGUCUUCGUGAAGCGAAUGAUGGCCCUCGCCGUUUCUUCCAUCACAUAUCUCAGAGGAAUAUUCCCUGAAGAAGCCUACAGAUCUCGAUAUCUAGAAGAUUUAUGCAUAAAAGUUUUACGAGAAGACUGCACAACGCCUGGUGUCUGCAAAAUUGUAAAGUGGCUGAUGGGCUGUUUCGACGCAUUAGAGAGAGGAUAUCUUCAGGUUGUGUUCAUUGGGGUCUGCACCAAUCCAGAUAACCCCAACUGCAUCAUCGAGUCAUACCAGUUCAAGUUCACAUACACAGACAAAGGACCACAGAUGGACAUUCUGAGAAACCAGAAUGUGGAGAUGCAGGUCACGAUGGAGGAUACCAAGAAGGCCUCUGUCCUCUUGAUCAGGAAGCUGUUUCUCCUCAUGCAGAACCUGGACGUGCUCCCCAAUGAUGUAUGCCUCACCAUGAAGCUCUACUACUUCGACGACAUCACCCCUGCUGACUAUGAGCCUCCGGGUUUCAAGGAGGGGGUGAACGACAACCUGUGGUUCGAGGGCAUGGCGGUGCACUUCAGAGUAGGUGAGGUGCACACCCCUUUCCACACCCUGAAGGUGAGGGUGGCGGCGGAGCAGGGCCGUGUGGAGAAGCUGCAAGAGGGGAACUACCUGAGGGAGGGUCAGUUCUCCACGGCUACGCGGAGCACUCUGCAAGGGCUGGCGGAAACCGGUGCACAGGAUCCAGACGAUGAGAGAUACAAGGAAGAUGAGUUUCCCUCUGAAGAUGAGUCUGCACAGUUCAAGAAACCAAAGAAACCUGUGGCAAAGAGGAAAGGUGCUGCCAAUAAACUGGCAAAGAAAAAAGGAAGAAAGGAGCAGUAAAAAUGUUUUUAUGAAGACAGCAGUGAAGACCCUGCUUCAUCAGCUUCCUGUCAGACACAGUAAACAUGAAUGUGGAACGAGGAUGUAACUUCCUCAUUAGAUUACAAGGAUUUUACUCACCAAGCAUGUUUACAUGAAUGUUUAAUUUCUAUGCCUGUUUGAACAUUUUGUAGACAGACUAUUAAUACCCAAGUAGUAAAUAAGUAAAUUAUUUUGUUGCAGUUCAUUGCUUAUACAACACAUAAUAUAUAGCUACAAUAUCUUAAUAGACAUUUCUAAUAUAUUAUCCCAUUCAUAGGAAAAUCAAUUCCAUUUGUUUUAUUGUACCUGUACAUUUCUUUAUACUUUGUUCUUUAACUUUUCUUUUAUAUGGAAUGAAUUAAAAACCUAUGAUAUUGAUGCUGGUUCCAAAUGUGAUGCCUGAAAUACAGUAUGUGAUAAGUAUGGUAUUUAUGGAAUUAAAGCUUUACUUCAAAGCCCAUUUA